CAAACUGAACCGAUGAAAACCGGUCCGGGUAAGAGAAUACGUCCCAAUUUAAACUCCGAGUGAAUUUUUGGUUUAACUCCCUCCACCAACGAAAACCUCAAACGCCGCGCCAUGAGCAGCGGCGGCGGAUACAAGGCGGUGAACACAGCGCGGCGCACAGUAACCACCGUCUCCAAGCGAAAGCGAUCUUCAAUUUCCGAGCCAGUACACCGGCCCCACCCAUCUCUCGCGCCGGGGCCCAUCCAUAAACCUAGCAAGUCCUCUCGCCGGCGUCGAAGGAUACGUAAGGAGAGGGCCUCGAGCUCCGUCGAGCGUCAAUGGGUGUUUUCCGCAAGCAAUUCGAGAAACCUUAAAGAUAAGUUAGUUUUGGUUUCGUACAAUCUACUUGGUGUUGACAAUGCGUCCAACCACAUGGACUUGUAUUACAACAUUCCACCGCAACACUUGGAGUGGAGUAGACGGAAACAUCUCAUCUGCAAAGAGAUUAGUCGCUACAACGCAACCAUCUUAUGUCUUCAGGAGGUUGACCGCUUUGAUGAUCUAGAUAGUCUUCUUAAACUUAGGGGAUUUGAAGGUGUUCACAAGCGUCGGACUGGAGAGGCGACUGAUGGUUGUUCUAUAUUCUGGAAAGAGAAACUAUUUAAACUCCUACAUCAUCAAGAAAUAGAGUUUGAUAGCUUUGGCCUGCGAAACAAUGUUGCUCAACUUUGUGUUUUAGAGAUGAACUGUGAGGACCCAGAAUCUAAAUUACGUGUACAAUCUUCAGAGCAAACAUCUACAAGUCCUCGAAGGCUAGUGGUUGGGAAUAUACAUGUCCUGUUUAAUCCUAAGCGUGGGGAUAUUAAGCUAGGCCAGGUAAGACUCUUGCUAGAGAGGGCUUACAAGCUAUCACAGGAAUGGGGAAAUAUUCCAGUGGCAAUUGCAGGUGAUCUGAAUAGCACUCCAAAGAGCGCAAUCUAUGACUUCGUAGCUUCAGCCGAUUUGGAUACACAACUCCAUGACCGCAGGCAAAUUUCUGGUCAGUCUGAGCUUGAUACAAAGCCGAGUCCAUUUAGAAACCAUUAUGCAGUUAGUGUAUCGCAAACCAAUGAAUGGAGCCAGGAAGAACUACAGCUUGCAACUGGUGGUCAAGCAACUACUCAUGUCCGACAUCAACUGAAGCUUAACAGCGCAUAUGCUGGCGUUCCUGGUACACAGAGAACGAGAGAUCAAUGCGGUGAACCAUUGGCAACAACAUGUCAUUCGAGGUUCCAAGGAACUGUUGAUUAUAUAUGGCACACUAAGGAACUUGUUCCUGUGAGGGUUCUUGAAACCUUGCCAACUGAUGUUUUGAGAAGAACAGGUGGACUACCAAGUGAGAAAUGGGGAAGUGACCAUCUCGCCAUCGCAUGUGAGCUUGGCUUUGUGGGUGAGUGAGGUUUAACGUUAAAAGCCCCCAACGGAGCCACCUGAUUUCGCCAUCCCAUGAAGUUUAUGAUCAUGGAGGCUUGUGAACUGAAGUGUUGAAAUAGCUUCAGUUGAAACUGUAACAAAUAAGCACCCAAGACAUACUCUGAACUGUUUUUUUUUUAUUACUAAUAACAAACGAUUAAGUUUAUGUUUCUAAUACACAUGUUUUAAGAUCUUGAUGUAUCUAGAAAUCAUUUCACUUUCAAAAUUUGUUUCAAAAUAAAACAGGUAUCAUUUUACCUUUUUUCAA